GUGAACUCUUUCCCAAAUGAUUUUGGCUCUACGUCUGCAAAUCCAGAUGUCGGGCAGUAGUGGGCUGUACGAUGGCUCCUUGAAGCGUCCGCAGAUUCACAUGACCACCGGUGGCAAAGGAGUCCCUUCCCCCAAACUAGUCCGCUCCUCCUCCGUGUUUUCGCGUCUAGCCUACAUGUGUAACGGCGAUAUUGUUCAGCGAAACUAUCAGAUACCUAGAAGAGAGUGGUGAGCGCCAAGUAACGUGCUCGGAUAUGUUGUAUCUCCUUGUGUUCUAUGUCGUUUUUCCGUGUUCAUAACAUCUCUGCGCAGCGCCGGGUAGUGUCACCAGAGAGAGAAAGGAGAAGAGGGAGGGGGGUCGGCUGAAUGCAAGGAGUCGCUCCCCCCGAUGAAUUGAAUAGUGCAGCGCUGCUCCUUGGAAGCAGGCCAACGUCCCUGUGAAAAAGCGCGUUUAGCGGCGAGAUGGGAUGUCUUGGCACUGUUGUCAACCCGGUUUGCUUGCAGUGAGAGAAAGGAGGGAGGGCUGAACUGGAUUCCGGCUACCAGCUAUCCUUGCCGGCCACAAUGGAAUGGAUGCUGUCGGUGUUUUAGGCCGGGAUACCACUCUACCUCGGACCUAAGAUAUCACUCUUGGAUUAAUACAGAUCGGACGUUUUUUGAUCGAGUUGCGAAACAUUAAUGUUGAAGGGACACUGAAAUCUACAAGAUGACGGAGGGGCGACGAUGUCAGGUCCAUCUCCUGGAUGACAGGAAGCUGGAGCUCCUAGUGCAGCCCAAGCUGAUGGCCAAGGACCUGCUGGACCUGGUGGCGUCCCACUUCAACCUGAAGGAGAAGGAGUACUUUGGGAUCGCGUACACAGACGAGACGGGUCACUUCAGCUGGCUGCAGCUGGACAGGCGUGUGCUGGAGCACGAGUUCCCUAAGAAGUCUGGACCCAUCAUCCUCUACUUCUGCGUAAGGUUCUACAUUGAGAGUAUAUCUUACCUGAAGGACAAUGCUACCAUCGAGCUCUUCUUCCUCAAUGCAAAGUCUUGCAUAUAUAAGGAGCUGAUUGAGGUGGACAGUGAGGUAGUCUUUGAGCUGGCCUCCUACAUUCUCCAGGAGGCGAAAGGAGACUUUACCAGUAACGAUGCCACGAGGGGUGACCUGAAGAAGCUGCCCGCUCUGCCCACGCAAGCUCUCAAAGAGCACCCGUCACUGGCCUACUGUGAGGACCGAGUCAUUGAGCACUACAAGAAGCUGAGCGGUCAGUCCAGGGGCCAGGCCAUUGUGAACUACAUGAGUGUAAUGGAGUCCUUGCCCACAUAUGGAGUGCAUUACUAUGCUGUAAAGGACAAGCAGGGCAUCCCGUGGUGGCUGGGCCUCAGCUACAAGGGCAUCUUCCAGUACGACUACCAGGACAAGGUCAAACCCAGGAAGGUGUUCCAAUGGAGGCAACUGGAGAACCUCUAUUUCAGAGAGAAGAAGUUCUCCGUUGAAGUGCACGAUCCCAGAAGCAGGGCGUCGGUGACCCGAAGGACCUUUGGUCACAGUGGCAUCGCCGUGCACACCUGGUACGCCUGCCCUGCACUCAUCAAGUCCAUCUGGGCUAUGGCUAUUAGCCAGCACCAGUUUUACCUGGACCGCAAACAGAGCAAGUCUAAGAUCCAUGCGGCGCGCAGCCUGAGUGAGAUCGCCAUAGACCUGACCGAGACGGGCACCCUGAAGACCUCAAAGCUGGCCAACAUGGGCAGCAAGGGAAAGAUCAUCAGUGGCAGCAGUGGCAGCCUGCUGUCCUCUGGCUCCCAGGAGUCGGACAGUUCUCAGACGGCUAAGAAGGACAUGCUGGCGGCCUUGAGGGCACGGCAGGACGCCCUGGAGGAAACGCUUCGCCAGCGACUAGAAGAGCUCAAGAGCAUCUGCAUCAGAGAGGCCGAGCUGACGGGCAAGCUGCCCAAGGAGUACCCACUAGAGCCGGGAGAGGAGCCGCCAGCGGUGCGGCGCAAGAUUGGCACGGCCUUCAAGCUGGACGAGCAGAAGAUCAUGCCCAAGGGAGAGGAGGAGGAACUGGAGCGUCUAGAGCGUGAGUUUGCCAUCCAGUCCCAGAUCACGGAGGCGGCGCGUCGACUGGCCACUGACCCGCAUGUCAGCAGCAAGAAGCUGAAAAAGCAGCGCAAGACCUCCUACCUCAACGCCCUCAAGAAGCUGCAGGACAUCGAGAACGCCAUUAACGAGCACCGCAUCCGCUCCGGCAAGAAGCCCACGCAGAGGGCUUCACUCAUCAUCGAGGAAGCAAAUAUUGGAUCAGAGGACAGCUCUUUGUCUGACGCUCUGGUGCUAGAUGAUGAUGACGCCCAGACCACGGGCACCCCCACCUUCUCCCCCGCCGCCUCCCCCCACAAAGGCCUGCCUCCGCGGCCGCCCUCGCACAGCCGCCCCCCUCCACCACAGUCCCUGGAGGGCCUCCGGCACCUGCACUACCAGCGCACCGACUACGACAAGUCCCCCAUCAAGCCCAAGAUGUGGAGUGAGAGCUCCUUGGACGAGCCCUACGAGAGGGUCAAGAAACGCUCCUCACACUCCAGCAGUCACCGGCGGUUCCCCAGCACGGGCAGCUGUACUGAGGCAGGGGGCAGUAAUUCUCUGCAGAGUAGCCCCAUCAGGAGCCUCCCCCAGUGGAGCUCCCAGUCCAGCAUGCCCUCUACCCCGGACUUGAGGACCAGAGGGCCCCACUAUGUCCACUCCACCAGGUCAGUGGACAUCAGCCCUACACGGCUGCACAGUCUGGCUCAGCACUUCCGUCACCGCAGUUCCAGCCUGGAGUCCCAAGGCAAGCUGCUGGGCCUGGAGGCCGAGGCGGGGGCCUCGUCGCCGGACCUUUGCCCACACACGCCGGGCACCAACGGCUCCGACCCGCUGGACGACUGCUCGUCCUGCACCAGCCAGUCCAGCUGCGAGCACUUCUACACGUCGGGCGCCGGCGUCGGCUCGUCGUCGGCCGGGGGCGUCGGACACGGCGGCCACGCCAACUACUCCACGCUGGCCGAGGACUCGCCGUCCAAGGCGCGGCAACGCCAGCGCCACCGCUCCGCCGGCCACCUGGGCAGCUCCAACUCGGGCAGCAUGCCCAACCUGGCGGCGGCGCGUGGCGGUGGGGGGGGCUGCGUCGGGGCGGGCGGCUCGGGGUCCGGCGGCGCGCUGGCCGGCGCUCAGCACGGCGUCUACAUGAGCAGCCAGAGCCAGCCCUCGUCACAGUACCGCAUCCGUGAGUACCCGCUGUACGUGGACGGUGGCAGCCCGGCCGGCGUGGUGGUGCGCAGCCUGGAGAGUGACCAGGAGGGCCACUACAGCGUCAAGGCCCAGUUCAAGACGUCCAACUCGUACACGGCCGGCGGCAUGUACAAGGACAGCUGGGGCGGAGAGGACGGAGAGGGCAGCAGCAGCAGCGGGCGGCUCACGCCAUCGCGCUCGCAGAUCGUACGGACUCCGUCGCUGGGCCGCGAGGGCAGCGGGGGAGGGAGGACCGCCGUGUCCGAGGAACUGCGCUGCUGGUACCAGCGCUCCAGUGGCUCCAUCAAGGAGUCCAGUGGACGCAGCAGUCGGGUCGGAACGCUGGCCAAGGGCUCGCCAGCGGCCUCCCCACAUAGCCAGCGGAGUGGAACUCCAUCCAGUGAGCUGGCAGCAACACCCCCCAUCAGUCCACAGCAUAUUCUGAACUGGCAGAGCGGGACAUACACACAGAACUUAACUGCUGCUCUGCCACUACAAUCUGCUAACACUGUAACAUUUGGAGACAUGGCUGAAAGCUCACCCACUGAAGACCGCUCCUCUCCUCACCAAAACACAGGCGACUAGAGAUCUCUCAAAGACAGCUGUUUCCUGAACGGCUCCCUGUAUUCUGAGCUGGUGGACGUGCAGUGGUAUGGACAUGAGAAGGCCAAGCCUGGAACCCUCGUUUGACCCCCCUUCUCCUCCGGUCAUCCAUCCCUCCAUCUCUUGAUCUCUCUCGUUACCCCCCCCCCUCCAUUACUGCCCAUCGUACGCAUCCUCUAGGCAGGCCUGAGCCAUAUGGGCAGACCCCUCAGCCACCCUCUACCAAGACCCACACACACACACACACCCACACACACACACACACACAAACACACACACACACACACAGCACCUCUCACGCUCAGUGUGUGUGUCUGUUUAGAGGGACAGUGCUGGACUAAGAGAGUUCACAUCAGAGGAGGAACAGAGGAACUGAAUCUGUGGGAAAAAAAGUCUGAAUCUGAACUGAAUCUGAAUCUGAACUGAAGUGACUCCCGAACACUUUGAAACCCUCAGUCCCUCGUGCCAUCAGACUCGUCUUCACCUUUGAACUUUAAACCCAGAGAGUGGCAGACCAACAGCACAUAGAUCGCCCACAGCUGUAGCCAACCCACUGUCCACUGGACAGACGUAUGUUGGUGUGUGUGGCUGGUCUGAUGCCGUGUUUGCGUGUGUGUGUUUGUGUGUGUGUGUGUGUGUGUGAAAAGAGUUGGUAUUAGACAAACACACAUAUCACAUUGGCUCAUUUCAACACCAUCUGCGUUUGGAAAAGGGAGAAAUGGAAACUGGUCUCCCACGCACACAUACACACAAACUAACACACACACACACACACACAUGCUCAAUCUAAGAGACUGUAUUGUACUCCAAGCCACCCUUUACCCGAACACCCCCACACAGGCACACACACACACACACACCUCAGUGACUGCAUAUCCCUGAUCUUGACAAAGCGGUGAGGUGUGAUGUGUGUCCCUGACCGCCAUGCUCUCCACUGAAGGCCCCUGUGUUCCACUGCCCCUGUGUUCCACCGCCCCGACUUGGACACGAGGACUCACUCAGCCUCCAUCUGUGGAAUUAGAGUUCUGCUCUUUUGUUUAUUUUUGUUUGUUUGUUUGUUUCAUUCUGUAUUGUUUUGUAAAAAGAUUUUUAAAAGAAGUUAUAUAAAUCUCUCUCUCUCUAUAUAUAUAUAUAUCACUGGAGACAAACUCCUUUCCUCAUCCUCCCUCUCCUGCCCUCUUUUAUGGAUCAUACACUCACCCUCUCUUCACCAGCUGUGGAUAGUCCUGAAAACAACAACAACCUUCCCACCCCUAUCUCACCCGCAACCAAAGAGCAGCAGACUCCCCACCUCCUCCUCCACCUACACCACACACCCAGGCUAACCAGGCACCGUGGAAGUUUCCAGAACUCCCUGGGUGUGAACCCUGACCGGCGGCCCAGCCAGACUCGUUGGCCGGACAGACCGCUGGAGCCCUGGGCCACUAGACCAGCCUUUGCUGGCCUCCUGAAGCUCAGCUGAUAUCGGGGCGCCCCCCCCCCCUCCUUCCCAUGUUCGCUCCUCUGUCUCCGGCUAGCAGGGUGUGUUCUUAUACCCCCCCCCCCCCCCACACACACACCCAAACACAGUGUGGGAGUGCAGGGGGGGGUGUUGAAAAUGUGUUUGUUUGUUUGUUUGUUGGGUUUGUUGGGAAUUUUGUUCAGGGUAGGGCUUCAUGGUGUUGAAACAUUUUGUGUGACAUGUCCUUGUUCGAUUAAGAGAUCUGUGGACUAUUCGUCCGUGCCAGCAUGGAUAUUGAAGGCGUUAUCUGUGUGCUAGGGGUGUCGUGUGUGUUCCCCAGCUUGUUAACUAGCGUGUUUGGUAACCAUGGUAACGAAAAGCUGCAUCCAGCCUCCUCCAAGCACUCUCCUACUCUUUCCUAAAUAUGACUAUGGUGCUUCAAACAUGUACUGUACAAAGCCCAUAGGGGGGACUACAACUCCCAGCAACCUUUGCUCUCCCUCAGUGUUCAAUACAGCGCAAAUAACUUAAAGGUUCAUGCAGACUGAGUGCUUCAUGCCUUACAGUGGAACCCAAAAGAGGGUUCCCAGCACCAAACAGAGGGAAACAGGACAGUGAAUGGUUAACUGCCAAUAUCCAAGGACAUUUAUGUCUAUAAUGGGUUACCUCUUGCCACAGUUAUUAAUAUUCAAGUGAUAUUCAUAAGAGCACAGCCAAUAUUAGCACACAGGAUUUCACCUGAAGGACAAAACUGCACAUUUUGAAACCACAACAGCAUUCCAGCAUGUAACAAGGCCAGAGCUUAACAAGAAAACCUCGGUUGAAGGGAAGCAAACCAAGAGAAUCUAAACGGAAAUCUGACUGAACGUGCUGUUUUACGUUGCCAUUCAACAGCUCCAGCGUAGGUUCUAAGAUACGAGGGCUGUACUGAUUUCAGUUUUCAUUGGGUAUCCUUUUGGGUCAGUGCUUUAACCCCAAAUGAAAGGACAGUGUAAUAUAUACUGCACAAAGUACAGUGGGUUAAAGAGAAUCAGUUGAAAUAUUCCACCAUCAGCUCACCUGUCGGGCUUCAGGACAGCAGUAGCCUCUUUGACCUCCACCGUCCCAGAUAACUAACAGUGAUUAGCCUGCUGCUGAAGGCACUCGAAUGGUUCCAUCAACAACUUCUUAAGUGCAAACCCAGAGUGUCUCAGUUUUGCUUACAUGGUGCCUCCAUGUAAGCCGAUAAGCUAUGAGGCUCUCUGGACGCGAUAGUGCUUUAUUUCUCUCAGCGAUUCUCCCUGCCUGGCCGACCGCCGUCACCUGCCUCCCCUCUCUCUGGAGCAGAGGGCCUACGUGAAGCCAUACUUUAACUACAUUUUUAUAUCGCGUUCUGCAUGACCCUUGCCCCCCCACUGAAUCUAAACACACUCAACUGAAACGCAGAGAAUGUGUCAAGAUGCCCGUGCAGAGUAACGAGAAGCACACAUUCAUAUGUGGUUUUGGGUUUUGCCUGUUUUGAACAUUUUGAACGUGCUGAGAACAUCAAUACGCUGCUACUCAUUCUAGACAGCAGUCAGCAGUCCUUUUCUGUGUACAGAAAAAAUCUCCCUUGCGUUACACCCUGAGUUUCACUACCAGACACCCCAUCACACACACACACACUUACAUAAACACACACACUCCCAAGAACUUGUUCUCGUCUCCUUGCUGUGCCAUGCCUCCCUGGCCAGGAUGUUGGAAGAUGGUGGUAGGGGGGAGGUGACUCUUGUUUGGUUUGCAUUUGUUUGUUUCAUUUUGUCCUUAACUGUUCGUUCAGACUGGACCGCACUGUGGCCCUGAAUCUGAUUAGUCAUUGCCACGCAUGCUGAUACUAAACACCAUGGAUUCUUCCCCUGCCCCCUCCUCCAAGAAGAAAAAAAAAGAAAAACAUUUUUUAGAACCUCCAUGUGCAGUGAUCUGAGCCUGGCCCUGACUUUCACAUGUCUGCUUGGGGCUUUUUUGGUGACCUUUGACAUCUGUGACUCCCGUCUGGACUCCCCCCCCCUUGUAUACCCACAUUCCGCUCACCAUUGCAACCUGUACUCAAUAGCAACAUUAAGACUUUUUUACAGUUCAGUAAAAUCUAAAACUAACACAUUUAUCAACACUUGUGAGGACGGAAGGCAGUGUAUGCCAGUGAGGGUCAUUUUGGAAGACAAAUACACUUGCCAUUGUUUUUAAUGUUCAGAUUUUUUUUUAAAUAUAAAUGAUUAUUUUUUGUUUUAUUUUUUUUCUUUCUCAGACAGUAACAACCCCCCACCCCACCCCUUCAGGUGCUACAAGAAGACCAGUUACUGCUCGGAUCCUUAGGUGUAGACUUUUCCUAAUCGUUGUCAAUAGUUUUAAUACCAGUCGUGCAAACGGAAGGACGUUAGUUUGGACUAAACAGCGUAGCUCAGCCCACUAUUCCUCACAGUAGAGCAUGUAACAUGAUUUUACUGGGUUCUGUUCUUAACAUAACCAGACAAAAUGAAUAAUAAAAAACGGUGUUGUAGAAAAUGUGGAAUUGUCGGGAAGAGAGAGAGAGAGGGAAAAAAUACAGAAUUCCACAGUUAAUUUAUUCUUUUUUCUAUUAAGAAUUUGUAUAGUAACUUUACAUUUUUCAAAACUGUGUUGUUGGCAACUGAUACUGAAUUUUCCAGUUGAGAAAAACUUGGUGGUUCUUGAGAUUAUGAAAAUAAAUUAUUGCUGAAUGUUCUCUAAA